AUGGACUCUCUCGUUGCGGCAAACACCAAAUUUUGCUUUGACAUUUUUCAAGAGAUCAGCCGAGAUGAUUGCCGCAAGAAUAUCUUUUUCUGUCCUCUGAGCCUCUCUGCUGCCCUUGGCAUGGUCCGCCUGGGGGCUAGAAGCGACAGUGGUCGUCAGAUUGAUGAGGUGCUACACUUCAAUGAAAUUUCCCAGGAAGAGGACAAAGAGCCCAUUCCCUGUAGGAAAAGCACAGGAAGAGUGCCAGCUGACAGUCCUUCAGAAGGGCAGAAGGGAGCCACAGGAUCGACUGAGUCAUCCAAGGAAGAGAAUGAACUGCUGAGCUGCUACUUUGGGAAGCUUCUCUCCAAAUUAGACAGAAUCAAACCUGAUUACACCAUGAGUAUAGCCAACAGACUUUACGGAGAGAAGGAAAUCCCAAUCAGUCCGGAAUAUGUAGAAGAUGUGAUUCAAUUUUAUCACACAACAAUUGAAAGUGUUGAUUUUCGGAAAGACCCUGAGAAUUCCAGACAACUGAUUAACUUCUGGGUUGAAUCUCAAUGUCAAGGUAAAAUCAAGGACUUCUUCAGCAAGAACACCAUCAAUGAUGCUACUGUGCUGGUCCUGGUGAAUGCUGUUUACUUCAAAGCCAAAUGGGAUAGAUGUUUCGACUAUAAACACACAGUCGAGGCCGACUUUGUUCUAAAUCAGAAUGAGAAGAAGAGUGUGAAGAUGAUGAAGCAGAAGGGUGUGUUUAAACUGGGCUUUGUGGAAGAGCUGAAAAUGCAGAUUCUGGAGAUAAAGUACACCAAGGGGGAGCUCAGCAUGUUCGUGCUGCUGCCUUCUUCCUCUGAAGACAACCUGCAGAGCCUGUGCGAGCUUGAAAGAAAUAUCACCUAUGAAAAAGUAGCAGCUUGGUGCAGCUCAAAAAAUAUGUCAGAAGAGAAGGUUGCUGUCUCCUUUCCCCAGUUCACCCUGGAAGAUACUUACGAUCUCAAUUCCAUUCUCCAAGACCUGGGCAUUACCGAUAUCUUUGAUGAAAGAAAGGCUGAUCUAACCAGAAUCUCUUCAAGCCCCAAUCUGUAUUUGUCCAAGGUUGUCCACAAAGCCUUCGUGGAGGUGGAUGAGGAUGGCACAGAGGCAGCUGCAGGCAGUGGUGCUGUGGGCAUGGAGAUGUCAGUGCCAUCCUGGACAGAGUUUAACGCCAAUCACCCUUUCCUCUUUUUAAUCAGGCACAACAAAACCCAGAGCAUUCUCUUCUAUGGUAGGGUUUGCUCUCCCUGAAAGGAUGUGCCCUCUCCACUUUGGAGGAAAGUGGGCACUGUGCUCUUCCCGGUCUCACCCAGGCAUGUGCAUUUUGCCUUGUCAUUUGCCUUGACUCUGAAGCUGACCUCCUUCCUCCAGUUGUCAACCUGGGUGCGAGUCCUGCUCUCUCACACCCAAGAGCUACUUUUCAUCCGAAUCUGACAGUACUGAGGAUCUUUGUUCCCUUUCUAUAUUCCCACCCACUCCAAACUUUCAAAUACAUAAAUUUACUCUCUGAGACUGCAAGGUCAACACAAUUCACAUUGGUCUUGAUUUUGUUCAACUACCUUGUUAGGCAGGAAUCCUGAGUUCAAAUAUCAAUAGACCACUUCUUAGAGAUGGCAAACUCACAGAUGGUCAGGAUGUUUGGCUGAAAUGAGUUUUGGACACUCAGCUGUCUCCUGGGGGGGGGU